AUGGCUCUUCCUACUUUCGUCAAAAGGAAUCGCAUCCUGUCGCAUUUUACCCCCCGGCUAGCAGCGACCGUGAGCCUGAUUGCGCUCUCAAGUCUCAACUAUGGCUUCGAUAAUCAGGGGCUUGCGACCAGCCAGGCCAUGGCGACCUACAAACAUCAAUUUGGGGUUUAUAACCCUAAGACGAACUCUUAUGCUAUUCCUACUUACUGGACUUCUUUACUGAAUAGUUUGAACUUUAUUGGCUUUGCUUUCGGGUUAUAUAUAGGCAGUAUCAUCAGCGCGCGGUAUGGUCGUCGUAUGUCUAUGUUCUGCAUGUGCGUAUGGGCUACCAUGUCGGCCACAGUGUUGGUGACAUCCCGCAAGAUCGAGCAAGUUCUGGCAGGUCGCAUACUCAAUUAUGCGUACAUCGGCAUGGAGCUUUCUACAUGCCCACCGUUCCAGGCCGAGGUCGUACCCGCGCCUAUUCGAGGAUUCACUGUGGGAACGUAUCAGACGAGUUUACUUCUCGGCGGAAUCAUCAUCAAUAGCGUUUGCCGAGGGACCUCUGAAAUGACCACGAAUGCUGCUUGGAGAAUACCACAGAUGUUGUUUUAUAUCAUCCCUUCUGUCGUCGCAGUUUGUGUUUGGUUUAUUCCAGAGUCCCCGCGGUGGCUGCUUUUGCAAGGUCGUGAGAAGGAUGCGCUCGAGUCCUUACGCCUUCUUCGCACUUCUGGAAAUCGCGAGUCGGGUUACGAUCCAAGGCAAGAACUCCGCUUGCUGAAAAAGUCUUUGCUGGAGGAACAGAACCAGGGAACGUAUAGCGACCUUUUUCGCGGUAGUAAUCUGAAACGAACCUUGAUCGCUAUGGGAAUGAACUUCUUCAUUCAAGCUACAGGCUCGCCAUUCACAGCCGCUUACGGCACCCUGUUUGUGCAGUCACUCAACUCACUGAACCCGUUCGACUAUUCGAUCAUGAGUUCCUGCAUCAACACAUUCUGUUGUGUCUUGUCUAUAACUAUAACUGACAAGGUAGGACGACGACCUAUCCUGCUGAUCGGUUCAGCCCUACAGAUAGUAUGGCUAUUCUCCAUGGCUGGCAUCGGGCUUUACCACCAUCCAACAUCCAGCCAAAAAUAUAGUAUCAUCGCCUUGACAGCGCUCUCUUCAGCUAGUCUAUGCUUUAGCUGGGAUCCGCUAAACUAUAUCGUUACGACUGAGCUGCCAGCGUCCAGGCUACGCGACAAGACCCAACGAGUUGCAUCGUUUGUGAAUGUUGCUACAAACUUUGCAUUUUCUUUCAGCACACCUUAUCUCCUCAACGAACCAUAUGCGAAUCUCGGGUCGAAAGUAGGGUUUAUAUUCGGCAGUCUGGCUGUUGCCUCGUUUCUCUUUGCAUAUUUCUGUGUCCCCGAGAUGAAAGGGCGGACACUCGAAGAAAUUAACCAAAUGUUUCAAGAUGGAGUCCCGAUUUGGAAAUUUGGAAAAUAUGGGGCUCCGGUUGAGACGGGGACUGUGUCGGAAAUCGCUGUCGUUGAGGAUGAAGAUGUGGUUCGUGGAGAUGCUGCUUAUGAAGAGAGAAAUGUCGGCAAAUGA